AUGCUCCCAGGUUAUGAGCUUCAUGGUAUUGAAAAAAUUCCAGAAGGACCAGGGCUUAUAGUUUAUUACCAUGGAGCCAUUCCUUUAGACUACUGCUUCUUUAUCAGUAAUCUUUAUAUACAGACGGGAAGACUUUGUUACUCAGCAGUUGAUCGCUUCUUUGCUAAGUUACCAGGAAUAGAACUACUUUUUAACCUGUUCCCUGCAGUACAUAGUGGAAGAGACGAAAGUGUUGAAAUUCUGAAGAAAGGCAACUUAUUGGGUGUCUCACCAGGUGGAAGUCGAGAAGCAUUCUUUAGUGAUGAAAACUACAACCUCCUGUGGGGUAAUCGCAAAGGCUUUGCUCAAGUGGCUAUAGAUGCAAAAGUGCCCAUCAUCCCUUUGUUUACACAGAAUAUUCGGGAAGGAUAUAGGACAUUUGGAAAAAUAGGGUUUUUCAGGUGGUUCUAUGAACGUUCUCGAGUGCUACUCAUUCCUGGAUAUGGAGGGUUCCCAGUCAAACUUCGCACAUAUGUUGGAGAUCCCAUUCCAUAUGAUCCAAAUAUAACAGCUACGGAACUAGUUGAAAAGACAAAGAUUGCCAUUGAAACGCUAAGAGACAGACACCAAAAACUACCAGGAAGUAUACUAAGAGCUCUGUUGGAACGAUUUGAUAAACAUCAGAAAGAAGACUAGUAUAUUUAAAUAUAUAUGUUGUAACUUGUGGGAAGAAAAACUGUAGUUUUCUUAAAAGUAUAAGAGACUGCAAACUACAUGUAUCAAGCAUUCAAUCAUAUCACUGCCUUAAACUCUCUCUCUCAUGUGGUCUGGCAACUUCAAUCCAAAUAAUAAAAGAAAAGGAAAUUAAGAAGUUCAUUAUACGUAGAGAAAUUGAUUAGAGAUUCUUAAACCACAUGAUAGACAUUCUGACAUAAGAGUUAGAGCUCAGGUAACAUUAGGAGCACAUUGUGGGAAGUCGAUUAUAGAGGGAGUCGACAUUAGAAAACUUGUAUUUGGUCUGUUUCCAAUUGUUGAUAGGAGAAUACUGCGCAUGUACAGACCAGAUGAGAGAGAGAGAGAGAUACACACUCACACUCUGGGUGUAACACACUUGUAACUAUAUUUUAAUAUUUAAUAAAGGUGCACAUAAAUGUAAAAAAGGUAAAGUUAUGACUUAUCAAUAUUGCCUUUGCAUUAAUGUUGAGUGUUUUCCCUUAGUUGUUUUCCUUUGAACAAAGCCUUUGUUUAAUUUUAAAACAUUGCAAUUGAAUUAAUAAUUGAGAAAAAUAUAUGUACAUAUAUUUAUAUCUGAGGUCCUUAUGAGCUCUGCAAAAAAAAAUGGUACUCUGGUUAAAUAGUGUGAUACCACUGUGACACUGCACCCCAUAUUCAUCAUAGUGGUAUGAUUGUGAUACGAUACGUCGUGAGAUUUAUAUGGAAAAGUUAUGAUUUGCUGAAUGAUUAUCCUACUUGU